AUGUUCCGCGUGAUAGCCACCCGGCACGUACCGCUCACUAGAGCACUCGCAACCCAUGCAUCCGCCCCUACCCGGACCCUCGACACCGUCACCCGACAUGACUGGUCCAGGGAUGAAAUCCAGAAAAUAUACGAUACCCCCCUGCUCGAUCUUGUCUUUCAUGCUGCUUCAGUGCACAGGCAGCACCAUGACCCCAGCAAGAUUCAGCUCUGCACGCUCAUGAACAUUAAAACGGGUGGUUGCUCAGAAGACUGCUCUUACUGCUCCCAAUCAUCAAGAUACUCGACGGCUACGAAGGCAUCGAAGUUGGUUGAUAUCGAGCCGGUAUUAGAAGCGGCCCGCAAAGCGAAAGAAAAUGGCAGCACGCGCUUCUGUAUGGGUGCUGCAUGGCGCGACCUCGCUGGCAGGAAGAGAGGAUUCGAGAGGAUCCUCCAGAUGGUUCGCGAAGUCCGCGGAAUGGGCAUGGAGGUGUGCACCACGCUUGGAAUGCUCUCGCCGGAGCAGGCUCGGCAAUUGAAAGAGGCCGGCUUAACCGCAUAUAAUCACAAUCUUGACACUUCUCGAGAGUUUUAUCCCAAGGUUAUCACCACCCGUUCUUACGAUGAGCGUUUGGACACAAUCGGCGCGGUCCGCGAUGCAGGGAUUAGCGUUUGCUCCGGCGGUAUUUUGGGCUUGGGUGAAUCUGACGAAGACAGGGUAGGACUGAUCUAUGAAGUCUCCAACAUGCCAGAACAUCCUGAAUCAUUUCCUGUCAAUGCCCUCGUGCCUAUUCCUGGUACACCCCUGGAGGGUAACGAUCGUGUCGCAGUUCACACUUUAAUACGCACGAUCGCCACUGCCCGCAUUGCUAUGCCCACUACCAUUAUCCGAUUGGCCGCCGGUAGAAAUACCCUGCCAGAAUCAGAGCAAGUCAUGUGUUUCAUGGCUGGUGCAAACGCCGUGUUCACUGGCGAACAGAUGCUGACCACCCCUUGCUCGCCUUGGGACGAGGACAAAGCUAUGAUGGCGAGAUGGGGCCUCGAAGGCAUGCGCAGCUUCGAACAAAUCAGCGUUGCGAAGAAGGAAGCCGCGAGACUAGAGCAGCGGUCUUCCUCCACCGAGGCGGGCCACGUUACGGAGGCCGCACCGGCGGCUACAUGA